GUCCCGCGUGGGUGCGGCGUCCUGCAUGGGUACCUCGUCCGUGUCCCGCCCGGUCCCACCCGCAGCCAUGGCGAAGCCCCUGAGCGACCAGGAGAAGCGGCGGCAGAUCAGCAUCCGCGGCAUCGUGGGCGUGGAGAACGUGGCCGAGCUGAAGAAGGGCUUCAACCGGCACCUGCACUUCACGCUGGUCAAGGACCGCAACGUGGCCACCACGCGCGACUACUUCUUCGCGCUGGCGCACACGGUGCGCGACCACCUGGUGGGGCGCUGGAUCCGCACGCAGCAGCACUACUACGACAAGUGUCCCAAGAGGGUUUAUUACCUUUCUCUAGAAUUUUACAUGGGCCGAACCUUACAGAACACGAUGAUCAACCUCGGCCUGCAGAAUGCCUGUGAUGAAGCCAUUUACCAGCUCGGCUUGGACAUGGAGGAAUUAGAAGAAGUUGAAGAAGACGCUGGACUUGGCAACGGUGGCCUCGGGAGGCUUGCUGCCUGCUUCCUGGACUCCAUGGCCACCCUGGGACUUGCAGCCUACGGAUACGGCAUUCGCUAUGAAUACGGAAUCUUCAACCAGAAGAUCCGAGACGGGUGGCAGGUGGAAGAGGCAGAUGAUUGGCUCAGGCAUGGAAACCCAUGGGAGAAGGCCCGCCCUGAAUUCAUGCUGCCCGUGCACUUCUACGGAAGAGUAGAGCACACCCCGACGGGGGCCAAGUGGCUCGACACCCAGGUGGUCCUGGCUCUGCCUUACGACACCCCUGUGCCUGGGUACAUGAAUAACACUGUCAACACCAUGCGCCUGUGGUCUGCCCGGGCACCAAAUGACUUUAACCUCAGAGACUUUAACGUCGGAGACUACAUUCAGGCCGUGCUGGACCGAAACCUGGCUGAGAACAUCUCCCGGGUGCUGUACCCCAAUGACAAUUUUUUUGAAGGGAAGGAGCUAAGACUGAAGCAGGAGUACUUUGUGGUGGCUGCAACCUUGCAGGAUGUCAUCCGACGAUUCAAAGCCUCCAAGUUUGCCUCCAGUGACAACAGGGGAACGGUGUUUGAUGCUUUUCCAGAUCAGGUGGCCAUCCAGCUGAAUGACACUCACCCUGCGCUCGCCAUCCCCGAGCUGAUGAGGAUUUUUGUGGAUAUUGAAAAAUUACCCUGGUCCAAGGCAUGGGACAUCACAAAGAAGACCUUCGCCUACACCAACCACACUGUGCUCCCAGAAGCGUCGGAGCGCUGGCCGGUGGACCUGGUGGAGAAGCUGCUGCCUCGACACUUACAGAUCAUUUAUGAAAUCAAUCAGAAGCAUUUGGAUAGAAUCAUGGCCUUGUUCCCUAAAGAUGUGGACCGCCUGAGAAGGAUGUCUCUGAUAGAAGAGGAAGGGGGCAAAAGGGUCAACAUGGCCCAUCUCUGCAUCGUAGGCUGCCACGCUGUGAACGGCGUGGCCAAGAUCCACUCAGACAUCGUGAAGACCAAAGUAUUCAAGGACUUCAGCGAGCUAGAACCAGACAAAUUUCAGAAUAAAACCAAUGGGAUCACUCCAAGGCGCUGGCUUUUGCUGUGCAACCCAGGGCUGGCGGAGCUCAUUGCAGAGAAAAUCGGGGAAGACUACGUGAAAGACUUGAGCCAGCUGACAAAGCUGCACAGCUUCCUGGGGGAUGAUGUCUUUCUGCGGGAAAUGGCCAAAGUGAAGCAGGAGAAUAAGCUCAAGUUCUCUCAGUACUUGGAGAAGGAGUACAAAGUGAAGAUCAACCCAUCCUCCAUGUUUGACGUUCAGGUGAAGAGGAUUCAUGAAUACAAGCGGCAGCUCUUAAACUGCCUGCAUGUGAUCACCAUGUAUAACCGCAUUAAGAAAGACCCAAAGAAAUUAUUCGUGCCUAGGACGGUAAUCAUUGGUGGCAAAGCUGCCCCAGGAUAUCACAUGGCCAAAAUGAUCAUAAAGCUGAUCACCUCCGUGGCAGAGGUGGUAAACAAUGAUCCUGUGGUUGGCAGCAAGUUGAAAGUCAUCUUCCUGGAGAACUAUAGGGUGUCCCUUGCUGAAAAAGUCAUCCCAGCCACAGACCUGUCGGAGCAGAUUUCCACUGCCGGCACUGAAGCCUCAGGUACAGGCAAUAUGAAGUUCAUGCUGAACGGGGCUCUGACCAUUGGGACCAUGGAUGGAGCCAAUGUGGAAAUGGCAGAGGAAGCCGGGGAAGAAAAUCUGUUCAUCUUUGGCAUGCGAGUAGAUGAUGUGGCUGCGUUGGACAAAAAAGGGUACAAGGCAAAAGAGUAUUAUGAGGCACUUCCAGAGCUGAAGCUGGUCAUUGAUCAAAUUGACAAUGGCUUCUUUUCUCCUGAGCAACCUGACCUCUUCAAAGACAUCAUCAACAUGCUAUUUCAUCAUGACAGGUUUAAAGUUUUUGCAGAUUAUGAAGCAUAUGUCAAAUGUCAAGAAAAAGUCAGUCAGCUGUACAUGAAUCCAAAAGCCUGGAACAGGAUGGUGCUCAAAAACAUAGCUGCCUCGGGGAAAUUCUCCAGUGACCGGACAAUUAAGGAAUAUGCCCGGGACAUCUGGAACAUGGAGCCUUCGGACCUAAAGAUUUCCCUGUCCACUGAAUCUAGCAAUGAGGUCAACAAAACCAAAGGAAUGGCACUGUAAACUGUCCCCAGCAAACAGAGCUUCUUAUGGAAUGUGAACAUUUUUUGCAACAUUUGUUGAUUUUGUUUUGUGUUUUGUCAGCUGAUAUUUAGUAUGUCUGGGCAUGGGAAAAUACAUGACUAUAUUUAGGGCUAAAAAUAAAGUGUCAAUUUCCAAAGGCUGAAUAA